GCUGAGCUCUGCUAAGUUCUCCAUCUUGGGCUCUGUCAUUCGGAGACUUGGCUUGGGUGAUCCUGCACGGGUACCGGAGACGGAGGAAAGUCGCAGGACGCUCCGAGACCGGCCAUGGGAUUGGUAUCAUUUGAAGAUGUAGCUGUGAACUUCACCAGGCAGGAGUGGCAAGAGCUGAACGCUGCCCAGAGGGCCCUCUACAGGGACGUGAUGCUGGAGACCUACAGCAGCCUGGUGUUCCUGAAGCUCUGCGUAGCCAAGCCUAAAUUGAUCUUCAAUUUGGAACAAGGGUGUGGGCCUUGGGGCCGAGCGGAAGCUGCAGUGCGGAGCCACCCAGAUGUCAAUAAAGUAAGUGCCCUGAUUGACACCAGCAAGGAAAAUCCUGAGAUACAUUUGGGACAGCUUGCAAUAACUGACCAAGACAUGAUUAAAGGGAAACUAAAGACCAAACAGGAAGUCUACAAAGGGCCAAAAUCCCGUCGUGGUAGAGCACCUGUAAAAACAUGUCACCAAAAGUUAAAGAAAAGCAAGACUCAUACAUCACACCGAGGUGGGAAACUCUACGAAUGUCAGGACUGUGGGAAAUCUUUCUGUAAUAACUCAACCCUUAUUAAGCAUCACAGAAGAACUCAUAAUGCAGAGAAGCGCUUUGAAUGCACCGUAUGUAGUAAAACGUACCACUGGAAGUCAGACCUCACUGCUCACGAGAAAACUCACAACAAACAGGAGAGGACAUAUGAGUGUAAAGAAUGUGGGAAAGCUUUCUUCCGUAAGUCCCAUCUCAGUGUUCAUGAAAGAACCCACACAGGUGAGAAGCCGCAUAAAUGUACGGAAUGCAUGAAAGCUUUCUAUUACAAGUCAGACCUGACUCGACAUAGAAAAACUCACUUGGGUGAGAAGCCCUUUAAAUGUAAAGAGUGCAUGAAAGCUUUUUCUCGCAAGUCAAAGCUCGCCAUACAUCAGCAAACUCAUACAGGUGAGAAGCCUUAUGAAUGUACAGAAUGCAGGAAAACUUUCUCCCAUAAGUCACAGCUCACCGCACAUAGGAUAGCUCAUUCAUCCGAUAAUUUUUAUGAGUGUAAAGAAUGCAAUAAGUCUUUCCACUGGAAGUGUCAGCUCACAGCACAUCAGAAGAGGCAUGCAGGACGAAGCUUCCUGAGUGAAGAACAGCCGGACGCUGGUGGCGCAUGCCUUUAAUCCCAGCACUCGGGAGGCAGAGGCAGAUGGAUCUCUGUGAGUUCGAGACCAGCCUGCUCUACAAGAGCUAGUUCCAGGACAGGCUCCAAAACCACAGAGAAACCCUGUCUCGAAAAACCAAAAAAAAAGUACUGAGUGAAGAACAGAGAACACUGCCUGGAGAAGAGCAGGGCACUGUGUUCACAGACUCCUUGCAUGACUUAUCUGUCCCCAGAGGCUCCACAGAGAUGGUGUCAGGGAGCUCGGUGGUUAAGAGCUCUGGCUGUAUUUUGAGACAGGGUUUCUCCGUGUAGCCUGACUGUCUUGGAACUUGCUCUGUAAACCAGGCUGACCUCUAACUCAG